CGCGCGAUCUCAGUCUUCGCGUCGCUGCCCUCCAGCAUUCACGCCUCCCGCGUCCGUUCCGCGGCGCAGGCACGACGCGGCUUCCCCGUGUAUACACGCGCGCGUCUCGCACGCACACGGUGCCGUGGACCACCCGUAUAUACCUACGUAUACACCACCGCCCUGAAUCCGGACGGGGACUUUAGCACACCAACACCUCCGCGGGAGGUGUGGGGGUGAGCCCCCAGAGUAGGUGUCAAUCCUAGCGCUGCUCAGUGACCAUCGCGGCGCCACCCAAGUAACACCUUUCGUCCGGGCUCUUGCUCGGCCUCGACCGAACCUCGUCGUCGGACCGGCCGCAGCCGAGAUCAAACGUUUCUCCGUGAAAUCGUCGUCGACGUCAACUUGCGCGCGCGUGUGUCGGUCAACCGGCAUGUGACGACGGAGUCUUGGACCAGUCCUUCCGUCGGACGAUCGGCGGGUGUUUGAAACUCGAAGGGAACUCGAGGUGACUGAGGAAGGGUCAGUGAUCAGUGGGCGUAUAGUGGGUCUCUCGACGAUGGGAGCGACUCUUAUCCUGAAAAUCUACCACGCGGCGUCCUCGUAGACGUUCGCGAGUGCCAGUGGAAGUAAGAUACUUUGCUCGUCCCGGCUGAUCGAGUCGUAAGAUGUCGAGCGGACGGUUCUCGACGCUCCUUCUCGUCGGCAGCGAUUUCCCGCGGCUGGAAAUUCGCGCGGAAAAAGAAGAAGAAGAACGCGGGCGUUCCGACUCGCGAUUUUGAGUUUGGGCCACGACUUUGCUCCGAGACUCGUGCGCGGGUGUAUGUGUGUGUGCGCGAAUAUGAGGAGGAACGAGCGCGAUCGUUGAACGAUCAUCGACAGUCCGCGAGAAGAAGAGAGAGAGAGAGAGGCGCCCAACUACGAGAGGCGAGAACCAGCAAACAAGAGAGCAGCAUCUCGAAGCAUCACUGGCAGGCUGAGUCACUCGAAGAGGAAUCUCGCGCGACUCGGCACACUCGCCCGUCUCGAUGAGAUUCGAACAAGACACGGCGUGCAGGGGUACCCACUGCGCCAGCACUCCGCAACCCUCCGCGCUGCAGCAGCGAUCACGGCCGGAAAAGGAGGUGGUGGUGGAGGAGGAGGAAGACGAGGACGAGGACGACGACGACGGCGGCGAUUCCUCGAGGAAGGACGUCGAGCAACGACGUAGCAGACCGCUUGGCGACAUAGAAUUGGAGGCUAACGUGGUCGAGGGCGCGAAUACGGGGCCGCGGGCCGAGGCUGGGGGGCCUGGGAUGGCGUAUCCCGCGUCAGCGACGGCUCUCAAUCAGCACUCGCCCUUCGCAAGCGCGAUCGCCGGCGGCACGCCGCCAGCCAGCAAUCCGAACGGCCACAUCGGCGCCGGCACCGGACUCCUGCCGGCACCGGCGGCGCCGAGGCCGACGGACUUUAGCGUCUCCUCGCUGCUAACCGCGGCGAGCACCCAUCCGCCCGGUAUCCUGGGCGGCUCGUCCUCCCAGAGCAGCGCUUCACCGCCACCCGGUGGACCCGGGAGUCCCGCCGCGGCUCCGGAAACGCCGCCGCCCUUACCCGCGAGCGGCCAACGCGACCUGUCGCACCCAUCCUCAGCGGUGGCGGCCGCGAGCUACUUCAGCGCUGCCGCCCUGGCGGCGGCGGGUUUCUACAAUCCCAAUCUACAAUCUCAUUUACCGCCCACCAGCUCCCCGGGUCCUACGGCGGCCGCGGCAGCCGCCGCAGCGGCGCAUCAUCUCCAGGGCAAGGGCAUCCUCGGCGGCGCGCAUCAUCAUCCGCAUCUCAAUCCGCACGCGAUCACCCCGCCAGGUGAGCAGCGCCUUUUCUUUCCACGCUUCCGUCUACUACUGGAUUCUCGCCUAGGCCUGGGUCCGCACACGCCGGAAGAGGCCGCCGUCCUUGCGGCGGCCGCAGCGGCGUUACAUCAUCAUCAUCAGGGUCCCGGCGGUCCUGCGAUGAGGCCCCUGAGGCCGCCGCUGCCGCCGGGGAUGCUCCAUACGUCGCCGCAUCCUCUGGCGACGCAUCAUCCCCUAACGGCGCCGCAUCAUCCCCUCGUCCCGCCUCAUCAUCCGGAGGAGGACGGCGUCGUUGACGAUCCCAAAGUCACGCUCGAGGGCAAGGAGCUCUGGGAGAAAUUCCACAAACUCGGAACGGAAAUGGUCAUUACGAAGAGCGGCCGGCAGAUGUUUCCUCAGAUGAAGUUCCGUGUUUCCGGUCUGGAUGCUAAGGCCAAGUACAUCCUUCUGCUGGACAUUGUUGCCGCCGACGACUACAGAUACAAGUUCCACAACAGUAGGUGGAUGGUGGCGGGUAAGGCGGAUCCGGAAAUGCCGAAGAGGAUGUACAUACAUCCGGACUCUCCCAGCAGCGGCGAGCAGUGGAUGCAGAAGGUCGUGAGCUUCCACAAACUCAAGCUCACCAACAACAUCAGCGACAAGCACGGCUUUGUAAGUACUACGAUACUGAACUCGAUGCACAAGUAUCAGCCGAGGUUUCACCUCGUGCGAGCCAAUGACAUCCUGAAACUUCCGUAUUCGACGUUCAGGAGUUACGUUUUCAAGGAGACGGAAUUCAUCGCCGUGACGGCCUAUCAAAAUGAGAAGAUCACCCAGCUGAAGAUCGAUAAUAACCCUUUCGCAAAAGGAUUUCGGGAUACUGGCGCGGGAAAGCGCGAGAAAAAGCAGGCGCUACUGACAGUAUCGGGCGGCGGUUCCCGUUUGACAGCUGGCGGCCCAGCGUCGCCGGACAAGAGACGCUCGUCCAACUCCGCCACCGAUCUCAUGGACGACGAAGACAAACUGCUGGACGUGGUCGGGCCCGACACGCCACAUCCGGCCCACCAUCAUCGGGAACGGGAGCACUCCCGCGAGAGGGACGACCGGACGAGCGAGCGAGGCGAGGGCAGCGAGUCGUCCGGGUCCGAGAGCGGUGGCGGACCGGGUCCGACCGGGUCCGAGGGUCCACGACCGGACGUUUCCGUCGGCCCGCCACUUCAUCCGCCGCUCCUGCCGUAUCUGUAUCCGCCGGUUCCCGGACUCUACCCUGGUCCCGGUCCCCUGAUACCACCCUCGCCUCUCGGUCUUCACGGCGGGGUCACUCCCGGUAUGCUGUUCAAUGCCCAGCUGGCCCUGGCGGCCCAGCAUCCGGCUCUCUUCGCGCACUAUCCGCAUCCCUUGGCGAGUCCCUUGCAUCAGCUGAAAGGUCACAGAUUCGCGCCUUACACUCUUCCGGCGCCUUCGCACGGCUCCGCUUUUGAGACCGUGACACCCGGCAGCAGGACCCUGAGUCCAAGAUCGCCACCGCCCAGGCCGCCAACUGAUUCCCCGACGCCGACCGGCGGCGCUCUGACUUCGACGACGCCUAGCUCGGCCGGUGAGCUCAAGUCGAUCGAGAACAUGGUGAACGGGUUGCAGGAAAAGAGACGGAGAAGUCCUAGUUUGACGCCCGGACAUCGGGGCGACGACGCCGGCGGAGGGAGUCCGUGACAGGAGAACGAACCUGUGAGCAGCACGAAGGACGACGAUCCCAACGAGGACUGCGCCGACGAGUCCGGCGGCGACCCGGAGGACCUCUCCGCCGACGAGAGGGAGCCGGACUCCACGUCGGAGCCGUCGUAGCGGUAGGAACGUCGGGUGCUCGAUUCUCACUACCUCUCCUUCCUUGUCCUACUCGGGAAUCUUGGUCGCGCCCGAUCGUUCGCCAGGAUUCUCCCUGGACGUGCCGGAGGGGAACGAGGAUGGCCGGACUCUCAUACUAUAAAGUGCAAUUUUAUUUCCGGAGCAGCGUCGCGCUCGAGAAGUCGUGCUCGCGAGCGAAAAUGACGCUCUUCGUGCUUUCGGGACAGGACAAGGAGUCCUUCGCGUGUUUCCUGUAUCUGUAAAUAGACCUCUGUGCGCGAUUCGCGCGUGCGUUUAGGAGUAUAUCUCUGUUGAAAAGACCGCGUGGUCGGGGUACGGUAGACUCUCGACGGACGUAAUGCUCUGCGCCUAUCGCGCGUUAAUGUAAAUUUCAACGAGACGCAAGGGUGAAUGCGAUAGGAACGAAAAUGAAUGCGGGAGAGAAAGAGAGAGAGAGAGAGAGAGAGAGAGAGAGAGAGAGUCUACGAGCGCGUACCUGUAUCUCGUGUGAGUCUACGUUCUACCUGUGUACGUUAGGUCUUAAGGGGGAAAGAAAAACAGAGAACGAUAUUGCAAUAUAAGAGCACCUCCUACUAUUUGCAGUCCCUGUACAUAUGUACCCUAGUGAUAUUAUAUAUUAUAUAUUAUAUAUAUAUAUA